AUGGAUCUUUCUUCUCCUCGCGCUUCUUCUACUCUCACGCUAAUCUUCAUAGUUCUGCUCUUAGCUUCCACAGGUUCGUAUGGCUCAACAUUCACAUUCGCAAAUCGGUGCGCUUUCACCGUAUGGCCUGGAAUUCUGGCGAAUGCGGGCUCUCCUACUCUCUCCACCACCGGAUUCGAGCUCCCUAAGGACUCCGCUCGCUCUCUCCAAGCCCCAACCGGCUGGUCCGGUCGAUUCUGGGCUCGAACCGGUUGCAAAUUCGACGGUUCUGGCUCCGGUACAUGCACAACCGGAGAUUGCGGCUCCAACCAGGUCGAAUGCGGCGGACUCGGCGCCGCACCACCUGUAACUCUCGCUGAGUUCACUCUAGGCACAGGCGGCGACGAUUUCUACGACGUGAGCCUCGUCGACGGCUACAACCUCCCGAUGAUCGUUGAAGUCGCCGGUGGAUCUGGUCAGUGUGCUUCUACGGGAUGCACUUCCGAUCUAAACCUUCAGUGCCCUGCUGAGCUCCGUUUCGGCGACGGAGACGCGUGUAAAAGCGCGUGUGAGGCGUUUCGGAGUCCUGAGUACUGCUGCAGCGGCGCGUACGCUACACCUUCGACUUGUCGGCCUUCCGUAUACUCGACGAUGUUCAAAGCGGCGUGUCCUCGCUCCUAUAGCUACGCCUAUGACGAUGCUACGAGCACCUUCACUUGCUCCGGUGGAGAUUACACGGUGACGUUUUGUCCCUCUUCCCCUAGUCAGAAGUCGACUAGCUACUCCCCACCAGUUUCAGACUCGUCGGCGACCUCACAAGGUGCAGAUCCUGUUCCCGGUUCGGAUACUGGUUUCUCGGGUCAGGGUCAGCAAGCUCAGGGUCAAGGAUUUGGGUACGGGUCUGAGGGAACUGGGUCGGAUACUGGUUCUUCGGGAGAGACAAUGUUACAAGACGGAUCAUGGAUGGCUGGUUUGGCCAUGGGAGGCUCGACCAGAUCAGCAGGCCAAUCACUGGCAAUGCUAGUCGCGACAUUCACCAUUGUACCCUUUGCUUUGCCGUUUAUUUUCUUGUAG